GCGAGGCAAAAAGCCAAAAAGUAAACAUGGCUAGUCAGAGUCCCGAAGCAACUUUCAGUUUGGAUAUUGUACCACAAAUGCUUAAAGAAUUCUCUCUGACUGAACGUGAUAUCAAUAAAGCUGCUGAUGAUGCUGUUAUUCUGAGUCUCGGACUUAAUUUUUACUUAUCACUGGGCCUUUGUCUUGGCCUGUCUGAGUCGGAUAUCGCGGCCGUCAAAAAAGACAAUCACUCAGACCAAGAUAGAGUCGUUGCUUUGUUCUGGAAAUGGCGAGAAAGAAAGGGAUCAGAUGCAACGUACCUCUCAUUAUUGGAAGCUCUUAUCAAAUACGAAAAUAAAGAAGCCGCGGAGAAGUUGUGUCGCAAAAUUCAUGCAUCAAGCAGAUCUACCAAAUCAAGCUUUAAGACGCAAUCAUCUCUGUCUUAUCAAUCCAGAGACAGGCGUCCAAUAAGGCAUCCUAUUAAUCAGUCACAGAAGAAGGUUUGGUGUGAGAAGAAUACUGGCAAUAAAGCAUGGAAGAUCUUUGACCAAUAUCACGAUCGACUGGUCAAUAUUCUUCGAUGUGACAUUGCUCUUUGUGACAGUGUGUUCAAGAUUUUAGCAGAUAAUUUUCUAAUUGGAAUAGCAGAGAAAGAUGUUAUUCAACAGCUGACUAACUUGGAUAUCAAAAGUAAAGCUAUUAUGAGACACGUUUCUAUCUUCAUCAGUAAAGCUAGAAAUCCUAUUCGUGCGUUUGCAAAAUUUUCAGCCAUCAUUCAAGAAUUUGAAAAUUUUAGAGAAAUUUAUAAUGAGAUACAGUUAAAAGCUUCCAAAGUCGAAAUUGUUAUUAAAUCUUCUUUUGUCUUGGUAAAAAAUUCACCGUCUCUCACAAGCAAUAGAGAAUCAUCUGCUAAUUUUUCAGAUGCUGUUUAUGAUGAUUCUUUGUUAACUCCACCUAUUAAGAAGUAUUCACGUCAUUUGAAGAGCUGCUAUAAAAAAGAAAAGCCUGAUCAGAAGUGGUCCCUAGAAAACAUUCCAUCUAGACUUUACAUCAAUCUGGCCGUUGUUUGUAAAAAUGAAGAUUAUCGUGAUUCUUUCUCAAAUUCCACAAUACAUGGCACCAAUGAUGAUAUUUUCUGUCGUAAAAAGUCUCUCUCACUUGAGGAGCUGUGCAGGAUUGAGUAUGGGGAAGCUGUCUUGAUUGAGGGUGCCCCUGGGAUAGGAAAGUCGAUGCUUGCAUUUGAAAUAUGCAGUCGGUGGGUCAAGGGAGAAGCAUUGAAAAAAUAUCCUCUUUUAUUAUUACUUCGUCUGAGAGAUAGGGUUAUAAAAAAUUGUGAGUCAGUGCGAGAGCUUUUGGGUUGUUUUUUGAAGGAGCAGAGUUGGAAGGAUGCUGUUGUUCAAGAUAUUAUCGAUAAUGGCGGAGAGGGUCUCAUUGUUAUUCUUGAGGGAUUCGAUGAGCUACCAGAGCAUCUAACAAAACAAGAUUCUGUAUUUUUUCAAUUUUCAACAGUGUUGCCAUGUGCUUCCUUAGUUUUUACCAGUCGUCCAUCAGCUAAACACUUUCUGAGACUUAAAGUGGAGUUUGAGCUUCAUGUUGAAGUGAUAGGGUUUACUCAUGAAAAUAUCAAUGAAUAUAUUCAGAAAUUUUGUAAAGGUAACAGCGAGCAUAUUAAGACUUUUAAUCAGUAUUUAGAUGAGUCACCAAAGGUACGAGACUGUCUCUACAUUCCUAUUAAUCUUGCUAUUAUAUGCAGCAUCUUUCAACAGUACAUUAUGAACAAGGAGCAAGUGCCAUUGAAAGGUAUCAUGACUUCAACUAAACUGUACGAGGCAAUGAUUAAAAUGUUACUCUAUCGACACAUUAAAAGUCAAACACAAGAGCUAGUAAGUGUUGACUUGUACAAUCUUCCUCAUCCCAUACAAGAGGAGUUCGCCUCUCUUUGCCAUAUGGCUUAUGAUGGCUUGAAAAAUCGUGCCACUGAGCUCUUAUUUUAUGCUAAUAAAGAUUUUGAGACCCUUGGAAUGAUGCAGAAAGAAGUUCAAGUUUAUCCGGGGACAGGUGAUGUCAUUGCUUAUUCCUUUCUUCAUCUCACCAUUCAAGAGUUUCUUGCAGCUUACCACAUUUCUCAACUGCCAAGAAAUAAAAUUGAAGAUAUCUUUAAUAGAUUAAGGCAUGUUAUGAAAUUUUCUACUAUGCUUUGCUUUUUAUCUGGCUUGACAGAGCUGCAAUCAAUCACCCCAAGAGUUGAUGACGACUUGUACAGUAUGACCCUAUUUCAUUGCCUCUAUGAAUCUGGAAAUGAAUCCCUCACAGCAAGUUUAUUUGAAAAAAAAAUUAUACAGGGUUCGUCGCAUUCUUCCUUCACCCUCACCUCAGGACAUGUUCAUUCUUGGUAGGUGUAUAGCA